AUGUCUGUGCCUGUGAGUGUUCAUGAUGGUACCCAUAGCCUCCCAAAGUUGCAGAUUGAAGCGGUGUUGAGUGUGUCUCCGCUAAAGGUGACAGAACCACGGCGAGUUCGCCAGGUUUUGAUGAGUGAAAACUCACAAACCUUUGGUGGGUGCUAUGAAAUAGUUCUCUACUAUGAGAAACUGAACGAGGACUGUGAUAGUGUUUUGGCUGGUUGGAUCGUAGAGUCACUGGGUAGGGCUCUAGUGGAGCACCCACUUCUUGCUGGGAGACUCCAUAGGAAGGAACAAGGUGACACCGAUAACAUGGGAUUAUGGGAAAUUGUGUCUAAUGAUUCGGGCGUUCGACUCUACGAGGCACAGUUCCCCAUGAUGUUAUCAGAGUUUCUUGCCUUGAGUGAAAAGGAACAUCUUGAGGCUGAGCUUGUCUUCUGGAAGGAAAUUGAUGAGCACAAUCCUCAGUUUUCUCCACUGUUUUAUGUUCAGGUGACUCAUUUUGAAUGUGGAGGAUACUCGGUUGGGAUUGGCUGUAGCCUCCUCUUGGCAGAUAUUUUGAUCUUAGAGAACUUCCUCAAGAAAUGGACCGAAAUUCACAACAGUGUGUUAAUCCAAAAUGAAGAGAUCAAAACUCCUUUAUUUUACCACCCUCUUCUCACACAAAAUCAUGAGUCUCUCCCCACUGAUUUGAUCAGCCGCACCCCCAGCAAAAAUGAAAUUCACACUAUGAUAUUCAAGUUCACUGCCAAAGACCUAAAUUUCAACAAGGAAUUGUGGAGGGAAUUAGCCAUGCAAUGUGUUGCGGAAGCGGAGCAAAAGCUUUGCAAAAAAGUGGGGUCAAAUUUUAGUGUGUUAGUGAAAGAAUCCUCUGAGGUCAUCAAAAUUGUAAAAAGUGGUUAUAGUACGGGUAUGGAGAUGUUGCAGCUAAACCUAAAUAAUGAAAUAAUUGGUGCAACGUGGAAUGAUUUUGGAGACUACGAUGUAACAUUUUAUGAAGGAAACAAGCCGGUCAUUGUUUCUCGUUGGAUUGGAUCAGUUGCUGAUGGACACGUUUCAGUAAUCCCAUGCCAAGAGGACAAUGUCUCUGCUGUGAUUAUAGUCUCCCUGUAG